CCGGACGGGGCCCUCUUAGGAGGGUUGCGUGCCCGUCCCCGCAGAGCGCGCCGCGGACGCCUGCUAUGGAGGUCGCGCCCUUAAAGCUGCUCCCGCUGGAUACGGGCGAUGAGGGCACCCAGAGGUGCAGGGUAGGGCCUGCCGCCCUCUCCUUCCUGGGAGCCAGGAUCGGGGCCCCGCUGCGGGUCACCCUGCCCACCGGUUGCUGCUUAUGCACGGCUUGGCCCAGGCACGAUUUGGCAGACGGUUACCUGCAGGUCGACCUGACGUGCAAAACGGCAGGCGUAACUGCAAAGGAGCUAAAAAAUCUCACGCUGGACAUCAGCCAGCUGAAGCUUUUGGCAUAUCAUCACUUAAAAAAAGUGACUGUGAAAGUAGUCCUUAAGAACUCUGCGCUGAAAAAGUCUACCUCCAGAGGGGUGUUGCAGGAGAUAAUCAAAGAACUGCUAAGAAGUAUUUAUGUUUCGCUUCAUUACACUGUUACAGUUGCUCCAGCUCUUGAAAAUCCCGUGGUGUAUAUUGAAAUACUUUCUGUAGACCCUUUGACAGAUGAAGCUGGACUAGUAACCCCCCAAACAAGCAUAAAAAUUAAAGAGGUUGUUCCUUUAGAAUGGUACAGGCAUUUAUCAGAAGACACUGCGACAAUUUCAGUUGCAGGACUAGAUGGUGUGGGAAGGUCUCUGAAAGAAAUGGUUGACUUACCUUUCCGUUUUCCAAAAACUUUUAAGAAGCUGGGACUUUCUGUCCCUAAUGGAGUGCUAUUAGUAGGCCCUCCAGGUGUAGGCAAAACCCUUCUGGUAAAGGCAGUAGCAAAAGAAGUGGGUGCCUAUCUGUUUUGCAUCGGUGGCCCAGCCCUGUAUGGUUCAAGACCAGGAGAAAGUGAAGAGAACUUGCGAAAAGUUUUUGAAAAGGGCAGAGAAAUGUCCUGUGAAGGACCAACCAUUCUCUUUAUUGAUGAAAUUGACUCUUUAUGCCCAAAGAGAGGAAGUUCAAACAAUGCUCCUGAAGAUCGUAUUGUUGCUCAAUUGCUAACAUUAUUGGAUGGCACAGGUAGCAAGGAUAAGAUGGUUGUUAUGGCAGCAACAAACAGGCCUGAUGCCUUAGAUCCUGCACUGAGAAGACCUGGCAGAUUUGACAGAGAGGUUAUUAUUGGGACACCAACACUUACACAGAGAGGAUCCAUCCUGCAGUUGCUUACAUCUAGCAUGCCAAUUUCUGCAGAUGUUGAUUUGGUUAAACUGGCAGAAAUGACAACUGGGUAUGUUGGAGCUGACCUUACAGCGCUCUGCAGAGAAGCUGCUAUGCAGGCAGUGUUACAGAGCUCUCAGGAUUCAGCUGAAAUGGUGAUUAACAUGGCAGGCUUCCACGCAGCUUUUAAAAACAUUCAGCCAUCCUCUUUCCGAGGUGCUAUUGGUCUAACAGAGUGUAAACCUGUUACCUGGGAGCAAAUUGGUGGUCUUGAAGAUGUGAAACUAAAAUUAAAACAGAGUGUUGAGUGGCCUAUGAAGUUUCCUCAGGCUUUUGCUAGGAUGGGCCUGUCUCAUCCAAAGGGUAUUCUUCUUUAUGGGCCAUCAGGGUGUGCCAAAACCACUCUGGUGAAAGCUGUGGCCACAAGUUGUCAUUGUUCCUUUCUCUCUGUAAGUGGUGCUGACCUUUUCUCACCUUAUAUUGGGGAUUCAGAGAAGAUUUUGUCUCAGGUUUUUCGCCAAGCAAGAGCAAAUACUCCAGCAAUAAUAUUCCUAGAUGAGAUAGACUCAAUCUUGGGAUCUCGGUCACAUUGCAAAACUGGCCAUGGUGUGUCAGAGCGGGUUCUUUCUGUUCUUCUCAAUGAGUUGGAUGGCAUUGGACUGAAAGUCACAGAAAGAAGAGGAAACAAACUGCAGCUUGAGGGUGAAUGUCUGGAGCGAAGUGAUGAGGAGAGAAAGCUAGAGUUUCAGGAAACUUUGAACGACGACUUCAUGGUAGUUGCUGCAACAAAUAGACCAGAUAUGUUGGAUGAUGCCUUGUUGCGUCCUGGAAGGCUAGACAAGAUGAUCUAUAUUCCACCUCCAGACCUGAAGGGAAGGCUUUCUAUUUUGAAAAUCUGCACACAAAAAAUUCCACUAGAUACUGAUGUGUCAUUACAAGACUUAGCACUCCAAACGGACCUCUUCUCUGGAGCUGAUAUUGAAAAUCUUUGCAAGGAGGCUGCUCUGUUGGCAUUACAAGAGAAUGGACUUGAAGCAACUACUGUAAAACACGAGCACUUUGUAAAAUCAUUGAGGACUGUAAAACCAUCCUUAAACAUUAAAGACUUGGAUUUUUAUGAAAAGUUUUAUAAUCAAGAAUUCACCUCUUGAAUCAAAAGUGAUGCAGCAUACAUAUUUUUAAAUAUAUUGCAAAUUGAGCCAAAG